AUGCCAGACGAACCCGAACACACGAGCAUCCCCUCGUCCAAGUGCUCAAAUUCGUUGGAGCGUCGCGUGGAGGACACAGUGAACGCGAUCAAUUGGGACGCCCUCUCUGCCAUCACAUGCAAACUCCAUCAAGUGCAAUCAGCUGAAUGGCGCGAUCCGCUGUGGGGCGGAUAUAACGUCGUUCGAUUCCUCCACCUCGACAAUGCCGACAAGACCGUUAUCGUGGCCCGUGUACCACAUCGACCAUCCAAGGGGUACACGACGGAGCACUCUAGGGCUCUUUCCAACCGAAUCUCUAGUGAGGUGGCAACCAUGGAAUAUGUCGCUACGUACACUCGCAUUCCCAUCCCCCGUGUCUUGCAUUUCAGCGCCGAAGUGGAUCCUCUAGUGGGCUCGCCUUACAUUCUGAUGUCAAAAGUGGAUGGAGUUCCCCUCAGCACCCUGUGGGACGACAUGACGGAUGAUCACCGCGAGAUUGUGUUACGACAGGUCGUUGACAUCCUACUGGAGCUUUCAACGCACCGCUUCGACUGGAUUGGUGCCCUAUUCAAAGGGGAUGGCAUCGGGAAAGGUGCAUGGCGUGUGAGGACUGCAUCAUCCUUUGCACCUCCGGAGGACACGAUCGCUUCUUCUGCUAUGACAUCGACGUAUUCGAGUGGCGCUGAGUAUUGGAUGCAUUAUGCGAAUGCCACGCUACAGCGCAUUCGUGACACCAAUUUUGGAGAUAGAGCAAAGGAGUACGACUACGUGCAAGCAUGGUUCCUUUGCUCGCUCAUUCCUCACCUCUACGACCCAUCGCUCGAUAACACAGGAUUUCCAUUGUACCCUGGCGACUUUCACUCUCAGAAUAUCAUGAUUACCCAUGGCGAUUCCCAGCCAGUCAUCUCUGCGGUCAUCGAUUGGGAGUUUUCCACGGCGCGCCCGAUUGUCAGUUUUGCAUGCUAUCCGCUCUUCAUCGUUGAUCAUCCUUUCUGGGAUGAUGACCACCCACUCCGUUCACGGAAUAUACAGGACCAAGCGACAUUUGAUAGACUCCUGUGCGAGGCGGAGGGGAAAGCCGAUCCAGGAAGCAACCACUUACUUUCUCGUCUUUUCUCCAAGAGCAAAGGUGUCUACCUGUUUGGGCAGGCAAUUCAAUUCCCCGGCUUGAUCUUGGAUACCGUCUACCCCCAGCUCUUUGAACACAUCUUUGGUGAAGAUGAGGACAAGGAGGACAACUUUUGUGCCAAAUAUUACUAUGCUCUAAUGGAGAAGGGUAUUCUGAAGAAACCGACGGCACAAUUCGAAAGGGAGACGGAAGUAUGGUGUGAAGCGGUGAAGGUUCUGGGCGAAGAUGUUGUCCCCGGUGAUUUGCAUAGGGAUCAGUUCAGAUCAUUGGUACAGGUGCACGCUGAUAAAUUCGACGUGGGAGGACAGGUGCGACAAUGGCUGACUUCCGAGGAUCCGAAGCCUAUCUCACCUUGA